AUGUAUUCUUUCUUCUCCUUAGCUUCAUCAAAUGCAACAUAUUCGAGUAACAGUACUUUAACAAGUUUUAUUUCUCGUCCCAAUGCAUCAGUAUGUCUACUUGAUCUUUCAUCAUCAUCUACUAAUCAAAUACUGCUGCAUUUUUUUGAUCCAUUGAAUACGACAACACAACAAUACAAUAAUACAUUUAUUGCUAAUUCAACUUGGACAACAUUAACAAUUUCAUUACGUAGUGAUGCUAGUUACUGGUAUUUAUAUGCUGUGUAUAUUUAUGAUCAAACACAAAUAACAGGUCAGAAUAUAUUAUUAAAUGGCGAUUAUGGUACUGGUACAUUAUAUGGUUGGACUAUAACGCCUUCUACGAAUCCAACAAUUAGCCCUGGUUCUUAUGUGGUUUGGACGGGUAGUGAAAUUCUUUGUCAAACAUUUCCAACUGUAAUCGGUAAUACAUAUUUAAUUCGAUAUUCAAUGUGGUCUCUCAGUACAACGCCAUAUAUAAUUGCUGCUGUUACAGUUGGUCCAUAUCCAUUGCAAAC